UAAAUUCCAAUUUUGGCUUUCUGUUUUUCUCUACUUUCUUUCUCUCUUCACUCACUCGACGCCUCUCUCUCGGCUCACUGUAGUCUCGAGUUCGCGCCAAUUUUAGCAAGAGGAGUGGUCGAGAGAAGAGCAUCAACCACGGCAUAAAUUAACCCAUAUACUUAGAGAAUCCCUAAAAUCAAAAACCCAACUGAACUGUGUCUGCUCCAAGUCGCCAAGCAGAGAAGCCACUGGAGUCUGGAAAACCAAGCCGGAGCCGCCGUUUUCGUGGUGGCCGUGACCAAGAGAAUCUUGGUGCUGUGGACUUUCCAUUAUGGAGAUUAAGACAGAUGUAAAAGAAAGCUCUCCCAUUCUGCUGAAGCAAGGAGCUGAAGCUAGAGUUUUUGAGUCAAAUUUUGUGGGAAAGAGGUCUGUAAUUAAGGAACGUUUCUCCAAGAAGUAUAGGCAUCCUACUUUGGAUUCUAAAAUAACUCUUAAGCGCUUAAAUGCAGAAGCCAGGUGCAUGACGAAAGCAAGAAGACUUGGAGUUUCUACUCCAGUGUUGUACUAUGUGGACCCUGUGCUGCACACAUUAACAUUUGAAUACGUAGAUGGCCCUUCGGUCAAAGACAUACUCCUUGAAUUUGGGUCAUAUGGUAUAAUUGAAGAACGACUGGAUGAUAUUGCUUUACAAAUUGGUGAUGCAAUUGGAAAAUUGCAUGAUGGUGGUCUCAUCCAUGGUGACUUGACCACUUCAAACAUGCUACUCAAGAGUGGUACUAACCAGCUGGUCCUUAUUGACUUUGGUUUGAGCUUUACUUCAACUCUUUCAGAAGAUAAAGCUGUUGAUUUAUAUGUGCUUGAACGAGCACUGCUCUCCAUGCAUUCUUCAUGUGGGAAUGUGAUGGAUCGGAUACUUGCUGCAUAUCGGAAGUCCUCAAAGCAGUGGUCAUCUACACUGAACAAGCUUGCUCAAGUGCGACAAAGAGGACGAAAGCGGACCAUGGUUGGAUGAACCUUCUUCAAAUUUCUAUCCCCACUAAGGUAAAAAAGAGAAGGAAGUUCUGAUGGGGGGAUGAAUUUUAUGAUAUAAAUUAGCCACGUGUUAUAUUUAUCAUAAUAUUGCACAUUUUCACUGUUAUUUAAAUGAAAUGAAAAUGCUUUGAAUUUCCUACACACAUUACCUUCUGGAAUUAAAAGGGUUGCCAUGCACUUGCACAAACAUUUCAUUUCUUGACUCUGACUGCCAGGAGUAUGACAUUUUGUAUAAGUGGACUUUCCAUGGUUGAUUAGAAAUUUAGCUACUUGUUCUGAAA